AUGCUUUCUGCAAGACAUAGCUGCCCUCCAAAUUCCGCACGUGGCCAGAAAAUAAGCUGCAGUAGGGGCCCUAAACACGACUCAACACAGAGCGAGAUGGACGGACUACCGUGCUCUCUCUUCCCUCCCAUAAUAAAGGAGCAGUUUUUGCCGGCCUCAGAGUUGUACAUCCCGCUUUUGCCGGACCCAUUCAGAUGA